AUGUCUGCUGCUCACUGCUUCUUUCGUUCAAGUCCCUCUGGGUGGACGGUUUCUCUUGGUCUUCAGAGCCUGCAGGGUGCAAAUCCAAAUAAGGUGUCCAGAAAUGUUGCCAAAAUCAUUUUGCACCCAAACUAUGACAGUAUGACCAACAACAAUGACAUCGCUCUGCUCAGACUCUCCUCACCAGUCAGAUUCACUGACUACAUCAGACCUGUGUGCCUGGCAGCAAGUGGCAGUGUGUUCAACAAUGGCACUGAUAGCUGGGUGACUGGCUGGGGUGCAGUCAAGGAGGGAGUGGCCUUACCCUUCCCUCAAACGCUGCAAGAAGUGGAGGUGCCAGUUGUGGGAAACAGACAGUGUAACUGCCUGAAUGGAGUGGGCACAGUCACAGACAACAUGAUCUGUGCUGGUGUUCUGGCAGGAGGCAAAGACUCGUGCCAGGGAGACUCCGGAGGUCCAAUGGUGAGUAAACAGGGCUCUGUUUGGGUCCAGUCUGGAAUUGUAAGUUUUGGUUUUGGUUGUGCUCAGCCCAAUCUGCCAGGAGUCUACUCCAGAGUGUCCCGUUACCAGUUCUGGAUCAAGUCCCGCAUUCGCUCUAAUAGGCCAGGAUUUGUACGGUUCAUCUCCAGCGGGCUGGAUCCUGACAGCAGCUACACCUGUCCUGGUCCUCUAACAAGACCCUCAAUGUCAGUUUGUGGCAACACCCUCGUGAACAGUCACACAGGAGGAGACAAGAGCACUGUACCCGAAGGAACUUGGCCCUGGAUGGUAAGUCUUCACCAAAAUGGAGUGCACAAAUGUGGAGGAAGCUUAAUAUCUGACAACGUUAUACUCACAACUGCACAAUGCUUCUCUACCACCAGUCCAAAUGCCAGUGAAUGGAAUGUGUUUCUUGGUCUUAGACUCGUAAAUGGUUCCAAAGAGUUUGAGACAUCUUUGGGUGUUUUGAACAUUACAGUGAGCAAAAUGACUGGCUCCAAUAUUGCACUAUUGGAGCUGUUUGAAUCAGUCAGUUUCAACAAUUAUAUCCAGCCUGUGUGUUUGGACAUUAGUGAUUCAAGGUCUUUCCCCAUUGGUAGUCAGUGUUUGGUGACAGGCUGGGAAAACAAGAACAACAGCAGAGGUAAGGGUGCUGUUCUUCAAAACAUGAAAACUCAAGUUGCAAGUUGUGGCAAUCUUUCUGAUUCAGAUCAAAUUUGUACUCACACCAUGGAUCUUCAAGAGGGAGGUCAGGGCAGCCCAUUGCUGUGCAAGUCAGAGUCAUCAUGGUUCCAGGUUGCUGUUGUAACAGUCUGUGAAAGUAGACUGAGCCAUGGAGAUGUUGAUGUCUUUACCAAAAUCUCAAGAUUUGGGUCAUUCUUAAAGGAGAUUAUUGAUGAAACACCAUCUGCUGCAACACUUUUAACAGGAAGUUCACCUGAUUUCUCAGUUUCCUUACUGAUUUUUUUUGCUGUCCUCAUUAUCUCCUUGUUCCUGUUGUCAUGA